AUGUCCCCGCUCUGCGCCCCCCGAGCAGCAGCACCAUCGGCCCGGCUCCACCUUAACCUGCCCGGGCUGCGGCUCCGGGGGAGCGCAGGGGCGUUUAUCUCGCCCGGGAUCAGCCAAUAUUUGUGGCCACGUCAGGAGAACGAGCCCAUCCUCGCUCCGUGCUCCCGCUCACUCCAGUUCUGCCACCCUGCUCCGCCCUGGCCCCGGCGCUGCCGCUGCCUCGUUCCCUCCGGCUUCUCGGACGCUGCUGGAGCCCCCACGCUGUCACCUCUCGCCCCGGAGAUGACAAUGACAGCCGCUCUCCUGCUCCUGAGCCUCCUGCGGGUGGCCAAGGGCUCGGUGGUGCCCGGGUGGUGCCCGGCGUGCGGGGUGGCCGCGCUGAGCCCCGGGGCGCAGCGGGACGCGCUCCUGGCGUUGGCCAAGCAGAGCAUCCUGGCCAAGCUCCGCUUGCCAGCCAGGCCCGGGGUCCCGCAGCCGCCGUCCCGGGGGGCUCUGCUGACCGCGCUGCGCAGGAUGAGAGCGGGAUCCGCCUUCCCGGGGGUGCUCCGGGACGGCCGCGUCCCAGCCCGGCCCGGGAUGGGGCGGCAGGAAUACGAGAUCCUGAGCUUUGCUGAGGCAGGAUCCUCCACUCCCCACAGCGUCCGCCUGCAUUUCCGCUUCUCCCAGGAGGUGGCCGGGAGCACUGAGAUCCUGCAGGCCACCCUCUACCUGUUCUGGGCAGCCCCCGGGCUCGGGGCACAGCCCGUCACCGUCAGGCUCCUGCAGCCGGACCCGGCAAGGCCAAACACGACGGUGGCCAGCGAGACACGGCUGGAGGUGCAGAGAUCCGGCUGGACCACGCUGGACGUCGGAGCAGCUCUCCGGAGCCUCUCCGGACAAGAGACCCCGCGGCUCACGGUGGAACUGGAGGUGCCGGAGGGCUGGGAGUCCCCUCUUCCAUCCAACCACAGCGAUUCCCACUGGCCAUUUGUGGUGGCCCAAACCCAGGCCAGGAAAUAUCACCGCGUCCAUCGCCGCGGCGUCGAUUGCGGCGCGGGCUCGCCGAUGUGCUGCCGGCAGGAAUUCUUCGUGGACUUCAAGGAGAUCGGUUGGGAGGACUGGAUCAUCCAGCCCGAUGGGUACCACAUGAAUUUCUGCACGGGGCUGUGCCCGCUGCACGUGGCCGGUGUGCCCGGCCUCGCCGCCUCCUUCCACACCGCCGUCCUCAACCGCGUCAAGGUGGCCAGCGCGGCGGCGGCCGUGGGCUCCUGCUGCGUCCCCACCCAGCGCCGGCCCCUCUCGCUGCUCUACUACGAUCGUGACAGCAACAUCGUCAAGACAGACAUCCCCGACAUGAUCGUGGACUCCUGCGGGUGCACCUGA